AUGUCAUCUGACGAACCAGAGAAAAAGAAAAGUCGGACAUCUCGUGAUGAGGGUGACAGUAACGAAGAGUUCCAGGAACUACCUAAGGGAUGGGAAAAACGCAUGAGCAGAAGUAAUAACCAAUACUACUACUUCAAUGUCUACACCGGCCGAAGCCAGUGGGAACGGCCAACUAAACCAGCAGAUCCUGCUCAAGCGGACCUGAAAGAAGUUAGGUGCCUUCAUUUACUAGUGAAACAUUCUGGUUCUAGACGCCCCUCAUCUUGGCGCACUGACAACAUCACUCGUACUAAGGAGGAAGCGCGGAAAAUUUUAACCGAGUAUAAAAAACAACUAGAAGAGGCGCCAAAUAUGAAGGCUAAAUUCAAGGAACUUGCUAGCGAAUUCAGCGACUGCUCAUCUGCAAAACGAGGAGGGGAUCUGGGGCGCUUUAGACGCAGACAGAUGCAGAAACCCUUCGAAGAUGCAGCUUUUGCACUAAAGGUAGGCGAACUCAGCGAUUUGGUGGAAACGGAUUCUGGGGUACAUUUGAUAUACAGGCUUGAAUAA